AUGCUGGUGCUGCCGCCCCCCUGCCCUCGGCCCCCGGCGCUGCCCUCGGCUGCGGCCAUGGAGGACCCGCCCCCGGGGGCAGGCCGGUCCCCGGAGCCCGGACCUUCCUCCUCCACGGGAUCCCCCCAGCCCUCGUCCCCUCCGAGGCCCAGCCGCUACCUGCUCAUUGACACCCAGGGCGUCCCGUACACCGCGCUGGUGGAGGAGGAGGAGGAGGAGGCGCCGAGGCAGCCCGGGCCCGCAGGGACUUCCGCUCCGAAAAAGGGCUACAGCUGCCCCGUGUGCUCCCGCGUGUUCGAGUACAUGUCCUACCUGCAGCGACACAGCAUCACGCACUCGCAGGUGAAGCCCUUCGAGUGUGACACCUGCGGGAAGGCGUUCAAGAGGGCCAGCCACCUGGCGCGCCACCACUCCAUCCACCGGGCCGGCGGGGGGCGGCCCCACGGCUGCCCGCUCUGCCCGCGCCGCUUCCGGGAGGCGGGCGAGCUGGCCCAGCACAGCCGGGUCCACUCUGGGGAGCGCCCGUUCCCGUGCCCGCACUGCCCGCGCCGGUUUAUGGACCAGAACACGCUGCAGAAGCACACCCGGUGGAAGCACCCGUGA